UCCGCGGGACCGGCCCGCGCCUACUCGCGGGCCAUCACAUCGCCCCUCCCCGCCCAGCGCCAGGCUCCGCUCUCCGGCAGGCCUCGGAUCUCCUCCCAAGCCCUGCGAGGGACCAGGAAGGAGACGGUGGCGCUCCGCUCCGUAUCCCUCCGCCGGGGUCACCCCCUCCCCUCGGUGGCAGCAGGAACUAAUUCUCCUUCGGGUCACCCAGGACCUGGACUUGGAAAUUUCACGGACAAGGGCUCCUCGGGAGCCUUGAAAGAUGAAACUAUCUCCCCGAAUUACAAGCCCUCCGACACCUCAAAAGCAGGGUUCGGUUAAACUAGGGCUUUGACCCCCUGACCCUAGUCAAGCCCCGCCCCUUCCUGGUUGUCUUAGCGACGGCGGUGGCGUCCCAAGAUGGCGUCGUGGCUGCCGGAGACUCUCUACGAGACUGUAGGGCAAGGCCCCGCGCCCAGCAAAGACUACUACCAGUUAUUGGUCACCCGCUCUCAGAUAAUCUUUAGAUGGUGGAAGAUCUCUCUGAGGAGUGAGUAUCGAUCAGCAAGACCUGGAGAAUCGAAAGACACUCAUGAAGAUUUCCUAGAUAAUUCAUAUCUUCAGGUUCAAGUUGCCUUAAUAUUUGGUGCAAGAACAUUAGACUAUGUCUUCAAUUUGUGCAAAGGUAAAUUUGACUUCCUUGAACGGCUCUCAGACAGUCUGCUCCUGAGCAUCAUUUCUUACCUGGAUCUUGAAGAUGUGGCCAGGCUUUCUCAAACUUCACGUCGAUUUGCAAAGCUGUGCAAGUCUGACAUGCUGUGGGAGCAGAUAGUUCAGUCGGCCUGUGACACCAUCACUCCCGACAUGAGGACUCUGGCGGAGGACAUGGGCUGGAGGAAGAUGUUCUUCACCAACAAGCUCCAGCUGCAGCGGCAGCUCCGCAAGAAGAAGCAAAGACGGGAAAGCCAGCAACAGGCGCUACUUUAAGCAGACCUUUUCCUACACAGCGGGAGCUGAGGCAGGGCUGUUCUUCCCUUCAGGGUCCAAAUCUCUUGAUUCUUAAGAAAAUGAAUCUGGAAUCGUCUGAAAAGCACAGAGGGUUUGCACACAAGUGCAGCAGAACCUGGUCACCCGUGCCUUUCUUGAACCAUCUCUGUGAGCCUCAGAUGUCAAAGCUUAGCCCUAGAACACAGGCUGAAAGACAGAAAGCCUGUCAGAUCGCUGGGUUCCCAACUCUGCUCACCCCCCUGAACCUCUAAGAAAAGAGCUUCUGUUGUAUAUAAACAAUAAAUGAUUACAGAUACCUAUUGUAUCUAAGCAUUGGAAAGGGUAGCUGGGUUUUGAGUGUUUUCCUGGCGUCGUGGUGUGUUUACUCACUUUCCCAUUGCUGACACAGUGCUGCACACCCACAGCUUAGGAGGAGAGGUUUAAUCUGGCUCAUAGCUUCAGAGGAUCCAGUUCAUGGUUGGCUGGCUCCAUUGCAGAAGCAUCACGCAGAAGGCCUGGAACCAUAUGCAGUACCAAACCCAUGAUCCUGGGUGAAGAGCACCUGGGAAUGUGCAUUACUAAUCCCCCUGGCAGCCCGUAAGCCAGUCAAGCUGACACGUCCAGCGUAACGUCCACCCACGGGGACUUGUGCUGUAGGAGGAGCUUUGGGUGAAUGCAGCUGCCCUCUCAUCUUUGUUAAGUUUGUAUUCAGGGUCCCAUCCUUGUGGGUCCGUCCCCUAUGCAGACAACCUCUAGCCUGGACCAUGGCUGGAGAAGACCUGGACUAGACCUUGCUGAGGGUAUGCUCCCCAGGACUUGCGCUCCCAUAAAAGCCUGUUCUUGUUUUGGUUUGGUUUUUUAAGACAGUGUCUUGCUGCCUAUUCCAGGCUACUCACUAUGUGGCCAAGCAUCAUUUUGAGAGGAAUCAUUUAGAGUAUAAAAAGGAACACUUUAAAUGUGGAUGUGAUAGUGUUUGCUAAUAGCUACGCACUAAUCAGUACAGCUUCUCGACCCAGAAAUGAAACACCACUGGAGUACCAGCCAGGGUUAGCCGCUGCCCUGAAUGGCUCCAAGCAAGGUGCCCAGGCCUGUUCAGCUGACACUGCUGCGUGCCUGCUGGAUGCAGUCAGCGAAGGAAACCACAGCAGUCCCACUUUCUAAUGAGACAGUUUGAUAAAGGUUUACCUGCAAACACGGAGGCUGAGUUAGUACCCUCUCUGCGGAGCUGUACUGAUGUCCUACAAACGGCCAUACCGGCGGCUGUGGCUGGACUUGCUGGUUGGCUGCUGUUCAUCUGGUCUCAGCAGCAAGGAGUGCUUGGAAAUAAACACAGUGGCACUGAGACAUUCCAAGUGCUGAAUAACUUCGCUCUUCUGGUCGCCCCCGGUGCGACUGUAUUGAUACUCGUUCUGAUCUGCAAAAGCAGUGGUGAGUGAAACUGCUAAUGCCUUCACUGGAGUCAAAGCAGUGGCCCCAAAAGGAACCAGGAUCACGAUAUUCCUUAGCACUGUGCAACUGCAGGUUUGCUUGCAGAUAUCCUCGAUGAAACAGUAAAAGUUACCUUUUGUUAAGUCUUUACCCUUGAGCUUAUAUCUUUUUAGUGUGUGGCAAAAUGGAAGUAAGCUAAAGCACGUCCGCCACCAACCUCUCGGCUUGUCUUGAAGAAAAGCAGUUAUGAGACUCAGUUGCAAGCUGAUCUGCAUUUUCCAUAGAACCCCAUGUUUAUGUUGGGCAGACACGCUGUUACCACGUUGAGAACCAGGCGGACGCUCCAAGGAAAGCAACUGCAGUAUUUGUUGGCAGUGAUACUGUUCAAGCUUUAAAAAGGAAAUUAGAAUUUUGGAGAACUUACGUCAACCUCCAUAAGUGUGUCCAGUGUCUAACACCUAAAGUAUUCUGCACUGCUUAAGUACUCUUUUCUAAAGAGACUGGUGGCAGUUUUAACACAUCCAGUUCCUAAAAAAUUGAAAUAUAACUACACAGCAUCAAAUUCA